AAGGUCCUGAGUAGUCCUGGGUUCAAUCCCGUGCUCGGGAUCUUUCUGUGUGGAGUUUGCAUGUUCUCCCCGUGACUGCGUGGGUUCCCUCCGGGUACUCCGGCUUCCUCCCACUUCCAAAGACAUGCACCUGGGGAUAGGUUGAUUGGCAACACUAAAUGGUCAUAACGUGGCGCCAACGCAGAACUACAAACUUGUACAAUGGAGGACAUCUUGGCUUUUUUGGGCGUCCUCACAUUCCGGAAGUCACCAUUCGCUGUCCUCCAAUCAACACACUGCACUGUAUCUAGCUCCGCCCCUUUGGCUGCCCUACAAAUGCACUUGGCUUCCUGACAAGUUAUUUUGCUACCCGUCACGACUUGUGAGGACAAAAACCGAGCCAAACUGUACUGCCCUUUGGUGGAAGUGGACAUGAAGACUUUUAUUUUGAAAUGACUGAAGUUUUCCUUUCAUUCCAGAUCUGAAAGUACAAGUGCCAGAUCCCAGUCAUGGGGAUGUUCUGAAGUGUGUCAGCACCAAUUGCAGUACUUUGUCUACUUCUUCAUACGUCUGGUAUAAGAAUGGAGAGGAAAUCCAAGAUGCAAAGUCCCAAGAGUACACAGUAGAAGAGUAUGACUACGUAAACAGUUUCUCCUGUGCUGUGAGAGGACACGAGCAAGCUGUGUCUCCUCCAGAGUGUGUGGGGUACAGGUCAUGUAACAAGGUGGUUUACCACAAGAGACACAUCUGUGCCAUCCAAGGAUCAUCAGUGAACAUUACCUGUGAAUACAUGAGCUGUGAAAAUAUCCUGACACAAUUCUGGUUCCGCACAGAUUCUAGUCACCGGUGGAACCCCUUCUUUACUGAAGACCCUCACUAUGAAGUUCGUCUUGAUUUACCUUCUGAGACUUCUGGAAAAAGCACACUGAGAAUUAAAAAUGUGAGGCAGAAUGAUUCUGCUGAGUACCGCUUCAAAUUCACCACUCAUUCUGAAUGGAGUAGUAUUUCACCUGGAAGCACCUUGACAGUCGCAGCUGUGCAGGUGCAGGUGAUGUCAGUCAGAGUUGAAGAUUCUCACCUUGUUGCACAAAUGUUGUGUCAUACAAGCUGCCUUCUAGAAGCUCCUUUGUCUUUUGUGUGGCAGAAGAAUGGAGUGAAUAUAAAGUAUGGAACCAAAGUAGAAGUCACCUUGUCACCUGGAGACUACAUCACCUGUGCUGCACGACAACAUCAACAUAUCAGCAUCUCUCCUCGCCUGUAUGUCCUGAAAAGACCCUCAGUGUCUCUGAGUCCUAUUGGUGACAUAUUGGAGGGUCGUCCCCUGACACUGACCUGCGACAUCGACAACUUCGACUACUCCUCAGCAACAGUUGAUUACUGCUGGUACAAGAAGAAGAAUGUGUCUUCAGAUGAUGAAGUCCUCAGGAAAGGCCGACAACUGGUCUUCAAGCCCUUCAAGUCUUCAGACUCAGCAGAGUAUUGGUGUACUGUGGAGAACCAGCUGGGGAAGAAGACAUCAGAACCCGUCUUCAUUGACGUCCAAUAUGCUCCAAAGCGUCCGUACGUGUCCGUAGUUCAGUCCAACGAGUUGGCGGCUGGCAGUCUGGUGAAUCUGACCUGCAGCAGCGAUGCUAACCCGGCCGCUAGCUACACCUGGUACAAGGAGAACAUGUCGUCUCCUCUGGCAUCAGGUCAGACGCUGACCAUCAAAGACAUCAGUCCAGGUCAGACGCUGACCAUCAAAGACAUCAGUCCAGGUCAGAUGCUCGCCAUCAGGAACGUCACAGAGCAGGGUGGCCAUGAUUAUUACUGUGAGGCCAACAACAGCAGGGGGCGCCACAUCAUUGGUGUGCACGUGAGCGUGAACGGAAUGUCCUGUAGAACAAUAAACAUCAUCAGGCUGUUCUGUUCUGCUGUUGUGUUCGUGGGCAUCCUGAUCAUUCUGACUCUGGAAUUCAGGACGACGUCUCCCUCGUCCACCGCGGAUCCAAAUGAGCUCGUUGAGACUGUAGAGGAGCUGGACCCUGGCGACUAUGAGAAUAUCGAUGCAGAAGACUCCCUGUGACGGACAUCUUGACCAUGAACAACCAAAUUGUUUUAAAAUAUUCAAACAACAAAACCAACACAGUGCAUAAACUCACAACAAAUGAUACACCUGCAAAUCAGUGUGACUUCUGUUGUUGCGGUAUCCGUAAUACGCCGAUAGGGAGAAGUCGGGUGUGUAUUGACCUCCACCGAACCCCUGAGCCCGACUCACAGAACCCUUAGGGUUCGAUCAUCGAACCCAGGUUAAGAACCACUGCCUUAGAUAGCUCCUGCAGCUCUUUAAAAGAUGGCCUGUUAGUGCCCAACAGUUAAGUUAAAGUCCCAAUGAUUGUCACACACACACUAGGUGUGGUGAAAUUUGUCCUCUGCAUUUGACCCAUCCCUUUGUUCUCCCCUCACCUCCCAGGUGAGGGGAGAACAAAGGGCGCCUGGGAAUCAUGCACUGUGGACCUCAGAGGUAUGUGGGGUAGGAUGGGAGUAUAAACACAUUAACAACUUCUUCUAGCAGGGGCUUUGUCCACACUGGCUGACACCCAUAAUAGAAAAAAGAAGAGUAUUGUAAAAAUCUGGACACUUUGUUGAGUAGUGGAAUGUCUUGCAACGUUUGUAUACAAAGAUGAUGUUGCGGGUCAUUUUGUCCCGAACGCUUUACUGUGGGUAAAUAGCCAAAAUAAACAAGUCUCUUUGA